GGGCUUCAUAGCCUUUACCUCAGCUCAAGAACCGUUGUUUGCAGAUUUACAAGAAGUCUGCUCAGGAAAAAAAUAGCUAUUUAAAGGAAUUCACCAUACUUGUACGGCAACAAACACAACGACGAAGCGGUUACUUCCAAGUAUCUGGAACGCAAGACAGGAUUGAGAGACCAUGGAGGCAGGAGAGGACCAAAACUCUGGCUCUGCCAAUGGCAACACUCAGUCAGGAGGGAACUCCCGCCCUCCUCAGAUCGCUCAUAUGUCUCUGUAUGAGAGACAAGCUGUACAGGCCCUGCAGGCAUUGCAGAGACAACCAAAUGCAGCUCAGUACUUCCAGCAGCUGAUGCUACAACAGCAGAUCAACACAGCUCAACUGCAUAACCUCGCUGCUGUACAACAGGCCACUCUUGCAGCCAGUCGUCAGUCCAGUUCUCCCAGCAACAGCGUCUCCCAGGCCACCAGCACCACCCACUGUACCGUCAACCUCAGCACCUCCUCAGGGGGAGGCACCAUGACCAACCCCCGGCCCAUCGGACCUGCCACCUCGGCCACGUCCUCUGGCCUCACUCAGCCCGUGCUGCUGGGGGGCAGCUCUCCUGGGCAGGGGCAGAACCUGUACCUGAGGGUCAACCGACCCCUCAGGACACCUCUGGCCUCCCAGCUCAUAUUUAUGCCUGGCGGCACGGCAACAGCGGCUGUGGCAACUGUUGCCCAGCAGCAACCGCAGCAGCCACAACAACAUCAACAACAUCAACAACAACAGCAGCAGCAGCAGCAGCAGCAGCAACAACAACAGGAAGUCCCUCCUACCUCUAUGGGACAAUCACCAGACAAUGACCAGGUCCAGAACUUGGCUAUGCGUUGUGUGUCCACUCCCCGUGUGGCAGCAGUGAAGACGGAGUUCCCUGAGAGGAAAGAUGCAGCCACAUACUCCAUCCCCCAGCAUCAGCAGCAUCAGCAGCAGCAUCAGCAGCAUCAGCAGCAGCAUCAGCAGCAUCAGCAGCAGCAGCAUCAGCAGCAUCAGCAGCAGCAGCAGCAGUUCUCGCAGGCGGUGGCCGCGGCGGCAGCAGCAGUAGCGCACCAGAGUGCCGCUCCUCAGCAGCCACAGCUCUCCAGCCCCAAGCUGGCCUCCUACGCUCACCCCAGUGCUCCCGGUGUGCCCGGCGGCAUGGCCAGUAAGAGUGCGGGCCAGGCCAACAUGGCUGCCAACCCCAACGCUGCGGGCUCCGCUGCCGCCGUGCCACCCUCCUCCUCCACUCCCUCCUCCUCCUCCUCCUCCUCGGCCUCCACCGCGCUGCCGCUGUCGCAGCUGCUGCUCUCGCCGUCGGGGCUGUGUCAGGCGCGGGCGGUCACCACCGUCACGCCGGCCGCCACCGUCACCCACAUCCUGGUGCCCACAUCCAGCGUGCCCACGUCCUCGCAGGGCUACACCAUGGGCACCAUGGCGACCAAGGCCAACCUGGGCGCCCAGACCCUGGUGGUGCAGCCCAUGCAGCAGCAGCCGCAGCAGGGAGCGACCGGUGGCGCGGCCGACAAGCUGUCGCACAGCACCACGCCAGUGCCCAUCCAGCCCAAGACCGCGCAGGGCCACCGGCUGCCCAUGCAGAUGCCCCCACGCCACCCCCCUCCCAUCCUCCCCGCUCCUCCCAGCCACAGCCAGCCGUCCGCUGGGCACCACCCGCCCCACGUGCCUGUGCAGCUGGUUGGCGCCAGGCAGGGCACUCUGGGAAACUCCCAGGCUGUGGCGCUGGCGCACGCCCGGAACUGCUUCGCUCAGGAACAGAGCGUAACCCUGGGCAACAACAGCAGCAACAACAGCAGCAACGGCGUGCCCGCCGCCAACGGCAACGGAGGCAGCAUGGUGGCCAUGGUGACGUCCAUGGAGGCGGGGGCAGGAGGAAUGUGCCUUAAGACUCCCCAAAGUGCCGUACCGGUCAGCCAGCUGCUGGCCAGUCAGCAGGCAGCGCUGAACCCCAACCUCUCGUCCUCCUCGUCCUCCUCUCCUCCUGUCUCCAUCCCCCACUCCAUGGAUGGACACAGCCAUGGCCUAGUGUCCGUGGUGGCGCCCUCCAGUGGAGAGUCUGUGUUUAUGCAGUCUGGACCAACAGUGACGAAGCCUGUGAUUGGCUCCCUGAAGAGGAAGUCGGAGUCUGAUGGCCCCAACGACCUAUCAGGAGAGGCCCUCCCUCAUUGCUGUCCGUCAGUGCGAGACUCUGCUCCCCCCCUCUCGCCGGCUCCUUCUCUUGACACAGCCCCAGAGACGGCCUUCUCCUCUCCUCCCACUCUCCUGCCUCUCCCACGGGGUGGUUGUCAGGGCGACAGGGCCCCCCUCCCCCAGGCGGUGGUAAAGCCUCAGGUGCUCACUCACCUAAUUGAGGGUUUCGUCAUCCAGGAGGGAGCUGAGCCCUUCCCCGUGACCGGGCUAGUGAAGGAUCGAGCAGAGGGUUCCAUGUCUAUGACUGUUACAUCCAACAUCCAAUCAGAAACAGGAGGCUCUGCAGUGUUGAAGUGUGAGUACUGUGAGAACUUUGCUCCAGCCAGCCAGUUCGGCGGGACCAAGCGCUUCUGUUCCAAGACGUGUGCAAAGAGCGUCCCCAGACGGAAAACCAACCUUGCAACAUUGAGACUACCAUCCUGGAAAGAGAAGUACAAUGUGAGCUGCAGCCACCACUUCCGCAGCAGUAGGGGGAGAAUGGGGGGGGGCGGUCCACCUCCAGCCCCCCCAGAGAAGGACGCGGUUGCCAGACGCAGGGGUCCUCGCAGGAGUAGCUCUGAGAUCGCCUGUGCUAAAAUAGCAGGCCGACAUUUGCCUAUGAAGUGUCGCUCUGAGUCCAGCCGAUCUGAGGACCUGUCCAGCUGUGACGGGGAGGAAGAGGAGGAAGACUCCCUGUCCCUGUCACCUGGCUCCUCCUUCUCCUGCCCUCCUCCUGCUCACUGCGGACCCCAGUUGGACGGCUCGACGGCUGGUGGCCUGCCAUUGGACGGCUCGACGGCUGGUGGCCUGCCAUUGGACGGCUCGCAUUUCCUUUCGGGUAGCCCCGCCCACUGGGGCGUGGACGAAGUCUGUCGUUUCAUUUCGUCUCUGCAAGGCUGCGAGGACCUGGCGCCUCAGUUCCUGUCGCAGGAGAUCGACGGCCAGGCGCUGCUGCUGCUGAAGGAGGAGCAUCUCAUGUCCACCAUGAACAUCAAACUGGGACCAGCGCUCAAAAUCUGCGCCUCCAUCAACAACCUGAGAGACUGAGGACGG